CCUCCAUGAAGAGCAUCGAUUUCCAGCACGCUCAGCGGCGAGCCUGUGUUUUGGUGUUUUUUGGGGCGAGCCUUCUUGGAUUCCUCCGCCUCUGUUUCAAUUUUUACCCACGUUUCGAGGUGUUUGGCGGGGGGAGAGGCAAGAUCGGGGUCCCCUGGAUGCUCCUCCGGUGCUCUUUGGUACAGAACGGCCAUGAGUUUGGAGACGUUGCUUCAAGCGGCGGAAUGGUUGGAGCUUCGGGCGCAGACCGGAGCACGUGGAGAGGCAGAGGAGAAGCAACCAGAAAAACCGGAGCCGUGUGGCAUCAACGGGGACAGCGAGGAGGUCACCAGCGAUGCCAGCGAGUCACAGAAAGCUGAGGAAAGGGAGCUCAAGCAGUCGCUGUCACCAUCGUCCUCGCAACAGUCCGAGGAAGAGAAGGAUGGCAAGCGGCGAAGUGGCGGAUAUGGGACCAGAGAAGUACACAACAAAUUAGAAAAAAAUAGGCGGGCCCAUCUGAAGGAGUGUUUUGAGGUCCUAAAACGGCACAUACCAAACAUGGAGGACAAGAAGACGUCCAACUUGUGCAUUCUGAGAAGUGCCCUUCGUUACAUUCAGGCCUUGAAAAGAAAGGAGAAGGAAUACGAACAUGAGAUGGAACGGUUGGCACGAGAGAAGAUCGCUACGCAGCAGCGGAUAGCCCAGCUGAAGAUGGAGUUACGGGAGGAGCUGGACAAUCAGGAGAAACCUCCGCCGUGGACACACGACGACGACCAGGCAUCCACUUCUACAGCCUCAGAGGGUGAAGACAACAUGAAGAUCAAUGAAGAUGAGGAGGAGAAGCUGUGGCACCCGACUGCCGUCACCUCUUCAGCGGGCGGGGCAACUGCAUCAUCUCCCAUGGACGUAUGUGCUUCACUCCUCCCUACAAAGGACACGCCCUCUUACACGGUCAUCAAGAAACCCGCCCUACAGCCUUACACCAUCAUCAAAGAAUCCAGUCCGUACCGGGUUCUGAAAAAGGACCACAUCGCGGCUAGCUCUACUACUACUUCUGGAGCAGCAAUGGAGAAUGUAUCACCACCGUCUGCCGCGUCGAAACAGACCUCUGCUGGCUUGCCGACACUUCCGCCGAAAAAGGCAAACGUGUCGUAUACAAUUUUCAAAGAAGUGGUGCCAUCGCACGCCGUUGUAGGCAAAACUACGGCACCUUACACUGUGGUAAAAGAAACAACGGCAUCGUACUCAUUAGUAAGAGGGACAGCACCCUAUACCGUACUUAGUAAAACAACAGUUCCCGCUGUCACUGUCAAGGACCCUAGCCCUUUGUAUAAUCAUGUCAAGGCUGCAACUGUCCCCUACACAAUUAUCAAGGACGGGACUGAAGCCGCAACGGCAGCAACUGCUACAAAAAGAGUUUCUUUCUCAGUCGUAACCGAAGUGAAGCCGCCAACACAAGUGGUGCCGAAUGUCGUAGGAAAGGAGAAACAGCCCACCACUGCACCAAGUGCUGCUAGCAGUGCAGAAAAGCUUGCUGCCCCACCGUCUAUACUGAGACAAGGUGGCGGUGGCGGUGCCUUUCAACAGGUCUUCAUGAACAAGGAAAGUACCAUGGCGUUUCAGACUUUACCACAGCCAACAGGUCCGGUCGAGGUCCGAGUAGCACUAGCUCCGGCGCCCGAAGUCAGAAUGCAAACCAUGGUGAAAGAGCCAGAUGCAAAUCAUCCAGUCACCAAGGCAAUACCUGUGCCCAAUAAGCCUCCUAAAAAGACUGCAGCUGUAGGAAUACAGGCGACGCCCGAGGAGGCAACAGAAAAGAAACCGCAAGAGGAAGAGCCGCCAAGGAGACCAGGACCGAGUAUGGCCAGUAUCGCAAUCCAGGCGUCGCUACCCAGCGAACCGACAAAGCCUGAGCACCUCAGUAGACCCACUAUGAACCACACGGCCGUGCAAGCCUUCCACCCCAGCCAGUUUCACGUGGUGGCAGCGCACGCUGCCGACGCCAGAACUGAGCACAGCUUACACCCCGGCGGCGCGAUCCCACACCUAGGCACUUCUCCUCAUACCGGUGUAGGCGGCCUGCCCCCCACCCAACCCAUGGCCAGUAUCGCCAGCCUAACUCGCAUGACCCCCAUCACCCUAGCCUCCCUGUACAACACCCCUACUGUCACCUACACGACACCCAUCACCAUCACUCCCUACAUCUCUCCUACCAUGACCUUGACCUCUCUGCGACCCCACGCGGUUCCGCACGGAUCGCUACACUCAUUCAUUCCACCGACCAUCAUUCCGACUCAACUUGGCGGCACGGCGGCGGCGGCCAUUCCCCUUAGCAUCACCACCCAACGUUUACCCAUGUCUGCCCCUCUCCUCCCAGCCACCAUCACGCGAAUGGCCCUCCCGGCAACCUCGCCACACAUCUCCCCCGUUACCAUGACGACGCGAUUCUCGCCGGUCCCGGUCUCGGCCAACGUCCACCCGGCCGCACACCCGGCCUUGGCGAAACCCCCGGCGCAGGCGGUGGCUGGACAGACAAUGGCUGCCAUCACAGUACCUGCACCAGUUCUGACAGUUGCAUCGUUUGUGGCACCCCCUACACAUCCAGUAGUAACCACCAGUAAAAACCUAUGAUGAAGGUGCUUUUGUAGGCAUUUUUAUGGUCUCAUGAAGCAAUAGUCUGGUGCAGAUGUAUUUGUGAAUGUCGAAAAAAUUUUGAGUACGUAGCUUUAAAACUUGUCAAAGCCAGUAUGUUGAUAUCAGAAUGUCAAAUUUUAUAAAGGCAUGUAAAAGUUGCGAAGCUAUUGAUUAUAUACAAUAUGUACAUAGACUUAACAUCCUUCCAAACAGGAAGAUUUGUAUGUGACAAAACCAUUGGGUAUUGAAAGUAAUUUCUUUAUAUCUGAAAUAUCUAUUUACAGUACAUUUAGAAAUUUCUUGGACCCAAAUCUUGCCUAUUCCUCUCAUUUCCUGUCUAUGAUUGUUCUGUUGACUUGGAAAAUGUUCAGACAGAGUCUCUCCAGCAUUACUAGAUUCAAACUGCUUUUUAACAAGUAGAACCCUAUGUGAGUGUACUUCUUUCAGAUACCAGCAGCAUUUUACAGCACAACAGUUACUUGAAAAGUUGAAGGGUAUUCUGUUACAGUCUGUCAAUGUACCAUGUAGUACAAUGUACAAUGUACCAUUUAGUGCCAUGCAACAGUCACAGUCUUUGUUUUCUCAGUACAAAUGUACCUUGAAAUGUCUUUUGCUGAGCACACUUAUAGCAACGUCUUUUGUUUCACCAACUAGCAAGGGUUAUGCCAAAUUCAGAAUAGAAAAUUAAAUUUAAACAUCUUGCUGCUCUUCCAGUGAUUCAAAACCAGAAAGUGUUUGUUACACAAAUCCUCAAAUGAAACAAAAGAGAAGAGAUAUCUUUUUAAAUAUGGUCUUUACAUGCCCUUGGUAUUUCUGUGACUAUCUUUGGGGUUCAAAUCUAAAAUAAACAUUGUCUUUUUUGUAAUAUCAAGCAUUACGCAAUACAGACAUAUUAGUUAGUCUGUAGUGUUACAUAAGGAAAGAAUACUGUAUACUCAGAAUACUACAAGAUAUCGUGGAGUUUUUUGUCUCUUAGGACUGGGAUGGAUGACAGUUUUCUACUUGAAUAAUGUGGAUUUGAUAUAGAUAGUACAAACUGUACAAAGACUACUGACGUCUAACAUGGCAACUUUGUGUCUGUUUGAAUUUUAAGUGUCAGAAGGCAGAAGGCCAAUAGAAUCAUUGGUAAGUGCCUGAGAAUAUGAUCAUGCUGAUGUCACCAAGGUAAACAAGCUAUGUGAAAUCAACAUACAUGUUGUCUACUGUAAUUCACUUUAUUUUCACAGUAACAAAAGUGUGUAGUCUGAGAAAAAUAGAGGCGUUCACGGAACUAUAUGUUCACGGUGGUGGCAGGUGCAGAAAAAAGAAAGUCAGUAAGUUAUUUGUUAACGGUAAUGAUAAGUUUGUGGUACAGAAGUGACCGUGAAAACCGUGAACAUAAAAGUGCCGUGAAAAAAAACAGGAAUUACAGUAUUCAUUACAGAAUGAAGGGGGUUGCUAAUCUUUGUGGCUGUCUGUUGGGUUCCAAGUUUCUGCAAGAAUAUGACAAGUUUAUAUGGGAGGAUAAGGGUAGAAUAUCCAAUGCCAGUGUACUUAAUCAAAGUCAGGGGGUAACGGUUAAUAUGUAUGUCCACUGCAGAAAAGAUGUAUCGGGUACUGACUUGAAAGUGGUCAACUAAUACAUUUGAAGCAUUUCUGUCAUGUAGCACAAAUGAGUAUUUUCCAGAGUUGUAAAGCACAUGUAACAUUCUUAUAGUGGUGUGGUGUAUUUCGUUAAGGCGUAUCACAACUUCUAUACAGAUUUGCAUGUGGGAUGUAUAUAUAUUAUUUACAUAUAUGUAUAGAAUACACUUAUAUUACUGUAAUUAGAAAAGUAUCAUGAAUUAGAGGCAUUUUUAGGACGAAAAUGCAAGAAAAUUUGAAAGAGUGUAUAUCUCUUGCCUUAUCGUGUACAAAAACUGUCAAAUUCUAUUUUCUAUCUUAUUUAAGUUAUACCUGAUCCCCUUGUUUUUAUCCAUAGCCCCAUGUUAACUAUUAAAUAUGUUCAUGUUUAGAGAGUAAAAUGGAUAUUGAUAGUCCUUAUAUAAGAGACAUAUUUAAACCUAAAACAUGGAAAUUAUCCUGUGCAAUGAAUAACAAUUUGUUCACAAGGUCUUUGCCUAAUUAUGGUGUAUUUGAGAAGGCUUGACAGAGACCAAGUCUGCCACCUUUAUGUGUAUAAUACCUGUUUGUGUCACUUCUUUCCUGGCCAUGUCCCUAUUUUUCUAUUUGUGUGGAUGUGAUUGUGUAUAUUAGUACAUGUAGUAUUACAUAACAAUGGAUGGAGGCAGGCACUGGUCGUGCUUUCAUAACUGUUCAUGUCAGAACU